UAUCCAAACAUGGCCGAAAGACGCUUGCGAAAGGAACUGAAUGAACUGUAUAAGCUGCAGCCGAGCAAUUGUUGCGCCUGGCCCGUGACCGGGGAUCUGAUGCUAUGGGAGGCGACCAUUUUGGGCGUAAGGGACACGCCCUAUUAUCUGGGCGUAUUCUCGUUGCGGCUGAAGUUCAACAGAAACUAUCCGUUUAUGGCGCCGCGCGUGAACUUCCUAACCAAAAUCUAUCACUGCAAUAUUGACUUCGAUGGCUACAUCUGCUGGGAUCUGUUGAGCACCAAGUGGACCGCCCUGAUUAAUGUGUCCACAAUCCUACAUGCUGUCUGCGCCCUGAUGCGCGAACCCAAUACAGAUGAUCCGUGCGACGAGCUGAUGGCCGCACUCUAUCGCGACAAUCGCCAGGAGUACAACAACAAUGCGAUUGACUGGACGCUCCGCUAUGCCAUUGCUCCAAGCGUGACGCUGCCUUCGCUGCAGCUGCAGUGCCAGCCGGUGAUGAUUGAGGAGCAGGACGAUGAUGACGAGGACGGUGACCGGGACGGGAAUGGUGAUGGUGACGACGAAGAAGAAGAUGAUGACAAUGACGAGGCAGCGUAUGAUGAAGACGAAGAUAACGACGACGACGACGAGGAGGAUGACGAGGAGGAGGACGAGGAGGACGACGACGACGAGGAAGUUGAUACAGAUGAUACAGAGCCAGAGCAAGCUGACGCUGACGAGUCACAGCUGGAAACUGACGACGGGGAGCUGGCUGCUAAUGAAAUAACAACAAACGCUUAAUUAUAAUAUUCCCAUGAAUUUAUUUAUAAUAUAUAGUUUAAAAAUCCAGCUCGCAAUGUGCAUCUUGUAUCCUCUCUCUCAAGUCCAUAGACCCCAGAACGCUUCAACUGCCCGCAUUGUGAGCAGCACCUGGACCGCGAGGCAACCAUGACAAUAUAUCCAGCUCGUUAAUACACAAUACGGGCUGCGAUGUCGACGGUAUUGCCAGAGCAUCAAAUGUGGGAUUAGACUAUGACCUAAAAUUAGUAAUAACUUAUCUAUACGUAUUAAUAAAUAUCUAUCUAUAUCAAAUUGACUAACUGACUGACUAAUGAAGAGCUAACAAGCUGCACUUUGCGCUGUAGCCCUCUGUGAUGAUAGGUUUUGAUUCUAUAUUUUUCCUUCUUUCCGCCAAAUCCACCUUUC